GACCGGUUGAGCCAGGUUAGGGCCGGUUCAAAGACGACCCCGUCUCCUCCGCAAAUCGCGAACUACCCUCCCUCUCAGCUCGCAAGAACCCAGGCGAAACCGCCAUCAUCCCGUGGCCCCUCUUCCAGUUCGCGAACUACCCCAGAUCUCUCGGCAGUUCGCUCCCCUCCAGGUGAUACGCACGAACACCCCCCCUCUCUCUCUCUCGCACUCUCUCAAGUUCGGAAAUCCCCUCCAAGCCUACAUCCAUCGCUCUUUCCCCCGUUGGCGUGAGCAGCCCCAGUCGCACCCUCCGAUUCCAGGCAGGCGGAAUCCCCCAUUCGCACACCUCCAGGCCGCACCUCCCUCUCGCGGGUCUCCGACACCGAUCGCUAGCCCUAGCCGCAGACCUCCACGGUGGACGUCGAGACGGCGAGAGAAGGCCUGCGCGAGAGGGAAGGGUCCGUUCGUGAUUCGCGACUGCAUCUGGCAUCGGGAGAUCUAGAUGAAAGGCUGGUUCCGCCCCUGACUCUACCUCGUCUCUUUCUAUCUGUUGGGGAAACCCAGGCCGAUCCCCCACAUAUCUCCUGCGACAGCCGGAUCGCGAUCUCCUACGGCGUGCGGGAUUUCGGCGGAGCCGAUUCGCAACUAUUGGUAUAAGAUGGCGUCAAACUGUUGCGUCCAGGAAUAUUCACGGCGAUAGAGGAAUAUACAGUUUAACGUCUUACCAUUGUACGAAGAUCCAGCACGCAAGCAACUCUACUUAACACAUAAUAUCCUAGCCUUACUCACAAAUCUUGCCAAAUCAGCAACAACAAAGCCUGGUGUGAACCUAGCUAUCUUGAAGCAGUCAAAUUUACCCCAAUUAUAACAUUACGAGUCAGCAUUGAUAAUAUUUUUGCACGCGCAUCUACAUCGGGGACACCUAAAGCUAUCUCUCUAUCAAAGCGCCCAAAUUUUCUUAGAGCUUGGUCAACUGCAUCGGGUUUGCUUGUAGCUUCAAUUACAAGAACGUAUCUAGACAUUCUAUAUGUUAUUUUUUCGGAUGCUUCUUUGCCAGAUGCAUUGCUCUCAGAAUUUGUUGUGACUCAUCCAUGCAAGUCAUAAGUUGCAUUACUAUUCUGCUUUUCAUCUCCCUAUGUAAGUUUUCCCUUUUGGAAGCAAUGACAUCUAUAUCGUCUAUGAAUAUAAUUGAAGGAGCAGUUUGACAUGCCUUGUUGAAAAAGCCAUGUAUGUCUUUUUCAGAUGCACAUGAAAUAAUCAUAUUUUUCAGUUAGUCAAGAAUAAGAUAUGAGAAUAAUAAAAAAUUAUUGAAUAAGUUUAAUUUAAAAUUCAAGAAUAACUUUCAAACUUGAAACCCACUUUAAAUUAGUGAGUUAACAGACUAACGACUUAGAUCAAUAAGUAGUCUACAUUUUUUCUUGUAUGGUUAAACUUCACUUAGGAAAUCCAAGUCGUUAGUGUGUUAACUCACUAAUUUAAAGUUGAUUUCAAGUUUGAAAGUUAUUCUUGAAUUUUUAAAUUCAACUUAUUUGAUAAUUUUUUAUUUUUUUCAUAUAUUAUUAUUGAUUAAUUGAAAAAUAUGGUUAUUUUAGGUGCAUCUGAAAAAAGCAUAUGUGACCUUUUCAACAAGGCAUGUCAAAUUGCUCCUUCCAUUAUUUUCAUAGAUGAUAUAGAUGUCAUUGCUUCCAAGAGGGAAAACUUACAAAGGGAGAUGAAACGCAGAAUAAUGAUGCAACUUAUGACUUGCAUGGAUGAGUCACAACAAAUUUUGAGAGUAAUGGAUAGUGAUUAUGGCCAAGAAGCAUAUGAAAAAAUAAUAGAUAGAAUGUCUAGUUACGUUCUUGUAAUUGGAGCUACAAGCAGACCCGAUGCAAUUGACCAAGCUCUGAGAAAACCUGGGCGCUUUGAUAGAGAUAUAGCUUUAGGUGUCACCGAUGUAGAUGCGCGUACAAAAAUAUUAUCAGUGCUGACUCGUAACGUUAGAAUUGAGGGUAAAUUUGAUCGCUUCAAGAUAGAUAGGUUAACACCAGAUUUUGUUGGUGCUGAUUUGGCAAGAUUGGUGAGUAAAGCUAGGAAUCUGGCUAUAAAGAGAAUAAUAGAUAAAAGGCCUCAACUUGGAGAAAAUGUUGACUGGUGGAGGCAUCUGUGGUUGCCUGAAGAAAUUGAGAACCUUAGCAUCACUAUGUUUAACUUUGAGCUGCUCAUAAAACUGGAUGGUGUUGAUCAACGACAUAGUGUUUAUGUCAUUGGAGCUACAAAUAGGCUUGAAGUGAUCGACCCUGUUAUUCUACAACCUGGUAGAUUUGGAAGGCUCUUUUAUGUUCCACUUCCGAGCGUUGAUGAACAGGGUUUGAUUUGAAAAGAACUUGCUCACAAAAAGCCUGUUUCUCCAGAUUUUGAUGACAAUGCGUUACCUCUAGAGAGGCUUGCAAGAAUCUCACUAGGGCUGAUCUUACAGCUCUGGUGAAUGAAGCUGCCAUGACUGCCAAAGAGGAGAAACAAAUGCAUGUGGACCAAGGGAUUUCAUAUGAUAAACCAUUGGUGAUCAAGACAUCGCACUUUGAGAAGGCUCUUGAAAAGAUUAUCCCAUCAGUUUCAGAGAAGUAUUAAAAAGAGAAAUAACUAGUACAUUACCUUUUUUAUUCAAAAAAAUCUUUGGAGCGUCUCCAGACCAUUCGUGUAGAGCUAAUUUAGUCUCAUAUUAUCAUGUUGUCCCAAUUUAGUACAUCGACUAUGCAAAAUUGAUUCAAAAUAGACUCUCAUGUUGUAAUUGUAAUAUAAAAUUGAUCACAAUUUAGUCCAUCAACUUUACAAAAUUUAGCACAAUUUAAUCUCAAAUUGAUCAUUUUGGAUUGAUUUUGUAUAGUCGAUGAAUUAAAUUGAAACAAUAUUAUGCUAUGGGAUUAAAAUGAUCGUAUACCUUCUUUUUUCAUUGUUUGUGGGCCUCUUAUGUUUCUCUGAUUUUUGUUUAUGUUGAUUUUAUUUGGCUAGCCAUGCUAAACCUCAUUACACAAAUUCUGAACUUGUUUUCCCUCCUUUUGUAUUUGUAUG